AUGCCUAAAAAACAAUUUUUGAAAGAUAACAAGAAGAAGUCCAAGCAUGCACCGCAGAUACCAGCAACGGCUGAUGAAUAUCUCGCUGCUGGGGUAGAUUUUGAAGAGGCUGGCGAGAAAUGGAGAGGUGGUGAUGCCGCGAAGUCAGCGAGGUUCUUCGUCAGAGCAAUUGAUAACUACGAGGAAGCUUUGGAAAAGUUCCCAAACUCUUUCGACCUUGCUUAUAACAGAGCCCGAGUUCUGUAUGAGCUUACACAAUAUCCAAAGCUCACAGCACAAUUACCUGGGACACUUCUGGACCUUCUAGCUGCUGCUUUGGAAGCGAGUCGAUUUGCAUUGAGUUUAAAACAGGAUAAUGCAGACAUCUUGUUCAAUACGGCUCAGGUUCUUACCAGUAUUGCGGAAGUAACAUCAGAAACGAGAAACGUUGGCAAUGAUGAUAAUCUGGCUUUACUCGAGGAGGCUAUUGAGCUUUUUCAGAGAUGUUUAACGUUGCAGGAGUACCAAUACACUGAAUCGCAAACUCAAGCUGGAUUUGUAUCUCCAUUAGAUUCGGAUCCAGAUAUGGAAGAAGGUGGGGCUUCGUUAUCUGAUUCUAAUGCCCAACCUCUACAGGAUAAUAGAUGGGCGACUAUCGUUGAGCCAGUGACCCUUGAUACUUUACUAGAUACUCUAAUAGCUCAGCUUCAAACACUCGCUACAUUAUGUGGGUUGGUCAACGUAGAUGCUGGUCGAGGACUGGCGUGGAUCGAAGAAUAUUCAACCCCGCUCAUCGGCGAAAAACUACAAAGCUACCUUGAGGGCACUACAGACAGAGAGCAAGAAGCUGGCCUCGCCAAGUCAAAUUUCGUUGCUGCUCUCGCUGAUGCUAAUUUCCGAUCACAGCGAAUUGAUAUUGGUACCUACGAACGAACUUUGAAUGAUGUGUAUUCGUCAUUGAGCCUGGAGGAUCAUCCAGAAGGGCUUUGCGACAAAGCUGAAGCAUUCAUCUCAUACAAUUCUUCUGUUCGCCUGAACUAUGAAGCAGCUCAAUCAUCCGAAGUGUCCGCAUCACGUUGGAAAGUUCUAACAGCAGCACUGGACAGUCUGACGAAAGCUUCCAAACUUCCUUCGGCCGACAAUCUAUCAAAGAUCCACAUUCUACGAGGUGAUGUCGACCUUUUGAGAUUUCAGUUGGGUCAGCAGCCGAGUAAUUUUGAUAUUGCUUUGAAGAAUGGGGCAGUGUUAGCAAAGAAUGCGGAGAAAUUCUACCGUGGUGCUGGAAACUUCGCGAGAAUGGAGGGGUCGAGUAAGCAGUUAGAAGAAGCUGAAGUGAAGGAAGCUCUAGCUAUGAGUUUUUAUGGUGAGAAGGACAAACUAUUGAGAUGUAUCAAAUUGCAACCUGAGCUCGUUAGGGGCGUUUUGGAGGAUGCUCUUGAUGAUGGAUUGGUUUCAUAUGAGGCCUUAUCUGCCAUGGGUAUUGCAUAG